AUGCCUGGAAGCAAUUUUGAAUUGCAGCGCGACCUCACCAUGACUGAACCAUACUUCGAUCUUGGAUUAUAUCAAUUUCCUGUGACAACCAGCUCCUCUGAUUGUCAGACCUGGUUUGAUCGCGGGUACAGGUGGGCACAGGGCUUCAACCACGAAGAAGCGGCUCGUUGUUUUAUGAAGGCAAUCGCUUUCGACGAAGGCUGUGCGAUGGCAUAUUGGGGCUUUUGCUACGCAAAGGGACCCAACUACAACAAAGCCUGGAUUCGCUUUGAUGCUGUCGACCUAGAGAAGACCAUCACUUCCGUGGAGCCUUUCCUACGGAAGGCGAUGGAGCUCGCCUCAGAGGUCAGCCCACCUGAAGCAGCUCUGAUCAAUGCUCUCAAACCCCGGUUUCCAACCCGUGAUACUUUUCUAGAUAAGACAUGUCCAGAUGAGCUCAGCUUGCUGGAUCAUGCAUAUGCCCAAGCUAUGUUUGCCGUUUACGACAGAUUUUCAUCUCACCUAGAUGUUGCCGCGCUCUGCGCAGAAGCGUUGAUGUGUAUCAGUCCGCGUGGUCUGUGGAACCUUGAAACAGGUCAGCCCAGUGGCCCUCAUACAGAGCGAGCACGUGUAAUCAUCGAAAGGGCCGUGAAAACCCCCGGGGGAGAUAAUCAUCCUGCACUGUGCCACCUCUACAUCCACUUAAUGGAAAUGUCACCAUACCCGGAAAUCGCCCUACCUGCCGCGGACCGGCUGCGCUUACUGGCCCGAGAUGCAUCCCAUUUACAGCACAUGCCAACACACAUUGAUAUUGCUUGCGGUGAUUACCGCAGAGCGGUUGACUCAAAUCACCAGGCAAUGCUCGCUGAUGACAAGUACUUUUCUCGUGCGGAUGGCUCCGCCCUCUAUGCUAUGUAUCGUGCACACAACGUCUAUGUGAAGCUAUAUAGUGCGUUGAUGUCUGGCCGCUCACAGGAAGCCCUUUUGUCUGCAAGCCGCCUGUUUGAAAUUCUGACACCUGAACUUCUUGCGAUAUCCAGUCCCCCAAUGGCAGAUUGGACCGAAAGCUAUCUUGGCGCAACUAUUCAUGCCAUGGUCCGCUUUGGAAAGUGGCAGGACAUCCUUGAGAAAGUAUCCAUUCCAGAGAACACCAAGCUGUACUGUUCCACCACAGCAAUGGUUUACUAUGGUCGUGGAAUUGCCCUAGCGGUACUUGGUCAUGUUGAGGAAGCAAAAUCGGAACAAAGCAAAUUUGAAGCUGCUAGGAUUCUUGUACCGAGAACGCGCCUUAACAGCUUACCGGCAGUCGAGGCUGAUGUACUCCAAGUUGCAUCUGCUAUGCUCCGAGGAGAAAUUCAGUACCGAGAAGGUGAUCAUGAAUCCUCAUUCCAGAGUCUGCGAGAGGCCACCGCCUUGGAAGAUGCACUGCCGUAUGCAGACCCACCGCCAUGGAUGCAGCCAACUCGGCAUGCAUUGGGUGCUUUACUUCUAGAGCAAGGCCAUUUGGAGAAAGCAGAGCUCGUGUAUCGAGAAGAUCUAGGCAUGGGGGGCCGUCUCCCUAGACGUCAGGCAAGGUUGAAUAAUGUCUGGGGUCUACAUGGUCUUCAUGAAUGUCUAGUCAGAGGAGGCAAGCGCGAGGAAGCCAAGACUAUCCGAGUUCAAAGAGAUAUUGCUUUGGCUUCUGCAGACAUCAAUAUUGUUGCAUCAUGCUUUUGCCGGCUUUCGGCUAUCAGAGAGGCAGAUGUUUUGGAAGAUAUGGCUAGAUGCAGGUCAAACUGCUGUUGA